GAACCUGCGGGCUGAUUCUGGAAGUGAAACCACCGGCUCAAGCCCGAGCCCGCCCCCGGGUUCCCGCUGCCACGCCGCAGCGGUCUCCACUAGAGGCGCUCGGCCCUUGGGACGCCGGGUGCGGGGCGCGGCCUCUGGAGGCCGGAGGGGACCGGGUUACACUCGCGUUCGCCAGGACGUCGGCGCCCAGAGCGGAGAGGCCUGGGAGCGCUGGAACCGGGACCACCUGGAAUUGGGCAGCUCCUGGAAGCCCCCCGAAUUCGGGAGCGCUAGAUCUGGAAGCACCCGGAGCGGGUACGGACCCUCUGCCAGGAUGACUAUGGGAAUCUUUGCAAAUUGUACCUUCUGUUUGAAAGUGAAGUACUUACCUCAUCACCAGAAGAAAAAGCUACAGACUGACAUUAAGGAAAAUGGUGGCAAAUUUUCCUUUUUAUUAAAUCCUCAGUGCACACAUGUAAUCUUAGACAAUGUUGAUGUUCUAAGUGCGUACCAACUGAAAUCCAUCGAAAAGAAACAUAUCCAUAUUGCAAACCCAGAUUUUAUAUGGGAAUCUAUCAAAGAAAGGAGACUUUUGGAUGUCAAGAAUUAUGUGCCUAAGAAGUCACUGGACAUCAUGCCCUUGCCUAGUCAAAAAGCAAGCAGUUCAGACUUGGAAACAGAUGAUCUCUCCCUGGACAAUUCAACAGAGAAGGAAAACAUUGUGGAGCUCACUAAGGUUUAUGAAGAGAAUGCUGAAAUUCCUGAUUUUCCGCAAGAUUUUGAAGUUGCAAAAUAUAACACUUUGGAAAAAAUUGGGGCAGAGGGAGGUGAGGAUAUCGUGGUGGUGGAGCUACAGUGUUCCCGGGAGCCCCAGGCCCGUUCUUUCCUCAUAGCUGCAAACUUCCUCCUGGCAGAUGGCACUGAGACUCGAAGACAGUUCCCUGGACAGAAAACUUCUGCAGAGGCGUGUGCUUACUAUGAACGUUACAUUGAAGAGCUAAAGAAACAAGGAUUUCAGCUUAGAGAAAAUUUUACACCCAAAGCAAUCCAAUUAGCAUCUGAGGAGUUACAGGCAUUGCUUUUGGAGGAGGUAAUAAAUUCAAGUACUCUGAGCCAAGAAGUGAGUGAUUUGGUGGAGAUGAUCUGGACAGAAGCUCUUGGCCAUCUGGAGAACACACUUCUUAAGCCAGUGAACAGAAUUAGUCUUAAUGACGUAAGCAAAGCAGAGGGUAUUCUCCUUCUAGCAAAGGUUGCUCUGAAAAAUGGGGAAACAGCAGAGCAAUUGCAAAAGACGAUGGCUCAGUUCUACAGAUUAAUACCUCACAAAGGUGUAAUAACUGAAGAAGUUAGCCUAAGACUAUUAUCUAAGAAAGAGGAUCUCUGCCAGCUAAUAAGAGACAUGGUUAAUGUCUGUGAAACUAAUUUGUCCAAACCCAACCCACCGUCUCUUGCCAAAUACCGAGCUUUGAGAUGCAAAAUUGAGCUCAUUGAACAGAACACUGAAGAAUUUUUCAGUGUUAGAGAUCAGGUAUUGCAGAAUAAUCACAGUAAAAGUCCAGUGGACAUCUUGCAGAUAUUUAGAGUUGGCAGAGUCAAUGAAACCACAGAGUUUUUAAGCAAACUUGGCAAUGUGAAGUCCUUGUUACAUGGAUCUUCUGUACAAAACAUUGUAGGAAUCCUAACCCGAGGGUUGCUUUUACCCAAAGUAGUUGAAGAUCAUGGCGUGAGUAGAACAAACACAGGAAAUCUUGGGAGUGGGAUAUAUUUCAGUGAUUCACUCAGCACAAGUAUAAAAUACUCACACCCAGGAGAGACAGAGGGCACCAGGCUCUUGGUCAUUUGUGAUGUAGCCCUUGGAAAGUGUAUGGACUUAUUCAAAAAGGAUUUUUCAUUGACUGAGGCACCACUUGGUUAUGACAGUGUGCAUGGCGUUUCACAAAAAGCAGGUGUCAUCACAGACUUUGAGGAUGAUGAAUUUGUUGUAUAUAAAACCAGUCAGAUUAAAAUGAAAUAUAUUGUUAAAUUUUCCAUUCCUGGAGAUCCAAAAAAGGACUUUCAACCUGGUGGUAAUACUGAAUUAGAGGAAGACAGACCUGAGUUUUCAGAUGUGUCAAAGGUUGAAGAUUACCAGCUACCAGAUAGCAAAUCUUUCAGCAACAUCAAAGCCGGCCUUCAGGAUACCUCUGGGAAUUCAGUGCCUCUUGAGGAUGUUCACAUCAAGGGGAGAAUAAUAGACUUUGUAGCACAGGUCAUUGUUUUUCAGACAUACACAAAUCAAAGUCAUGUGCCCAUUGAAGCAAAAUACAUCUUUCCUUUGGAUGAUAAGGCAGCUGUGUGUGGUUUUGAAGCUUUUAUCAAUGGGAAGCAUAUAGUAGGAGAGAUUAAAGAGAAGGAAGACGCCCAUCGAGAAUACCGGGAAGCCAUCAUUCAAGGCCAUGGAGCUUACUUGAUGGAUCAGGAUGCACCUGACGUUUUCACUGUAAGUGUUGGAAACUUACCCCCUAAGGCUAAGGUUCUUAUCAAAAUUACCUACAUCACUGAGCUCAGCAUGCAAGGUCCUCUUGCUGUCUUCUUCAUGCCAGGCACUGUCGCUCCCUGGCAACAGGACAAAGCCCUGAAUGAGAACAUCCAGGAUAUGGUAGAGAAGAUAUGUAUAAAGGAAAUAGGAUCAAAGGAAAGAGCACAGACUGCAAAGCUGUAAUUAGCACUGUGGAAGGUAGUUCCAUAGACAGCAGUGGAUUUUCUCUGCACAUCAGUUUGUUGGAUGCGUAUCUCCCAAGAAUGUGGGUUGAAAAACAUCCAGAAAAAGAAAGCGAGGUAUGAUGCUUUUUAAACUUAGAAGUAGGAGAGAGUGCUGAAAAACUGUUUCAGAAUAAAUAGGUUAUUUAAAUUUGGAACAAUUGAGACUCCUGAAAAACUAGCAUUACAAAAUGAACUCUCAUCACCCCAAGAUUCAACAACUAAAAAUACUUAUGCUAUCAAGUUAAACAAACUUCUGAGGUUUUUUUUUGUUUUUUUAAUUCAAUUUUAUUGAGAUAUAUUCACAUACCAUACAUACCAUGCAGUCAUACAAAUCAUACAAUGAGUUGUUCACAAUACCA